AUGAAUAUCUUUCCUUCGAAGGGGUAUCUGAGCUUGGAGCAAAAGCGAACUUGGUUGCAUGGACUGCCUACGUUGCCUCAAGUAACGCCGUUCGGCUGUCUUGUCACCGUAUAUAUCCUCAACGUGGUUGCAUGGGGAGCUAUGGACUUCCUCCUAUUCUGCAACGUAUCACCAGCAAUGUGUCAUCCGACCUGCGAUGAUCCGAAUUCGUCCCGCCUUCAAUGGAUGGAGAUAGACAGCCAGAUCCUUGUGGCAUUACUGUGUAUGCCUGCAUUCGGGCUUGCGCCAUUGCGAUACCGUGAUCUGUACUUCUUGCUGCGAUAUCGACUGUCUCGCAACAAAGACUGUUUGCAUAGACUUGCUGAGUACAACAAGGAUUGGUUCAAGCUGGAUGGCAAGGUUGAUGCAAAAUCCAACCUGACGAAGAUUGAAGUUGCAAGUGGGAGUGCAGAAGAUCAGCGAGGUCGAGAUUCACUCUCAGGCAUCUCACUUAGCCUGGUAGAUUCGGGAGCCAUGCCUUUAUCGACGAAAUUGUGGAAACUGGAUUUCGUGGUUUGGUGCAAGGCGAUAAACACGGCCGUCCAAGCCGCCUUAGCUGGGUUUAUGUGGGGAUAUACUCGCUUUGAUCGCCCUUCAUGGUCGACAAAGACCUUCAUGUCCCUUACAUUCAGCUCCAUUGUUAUGGCUAAGCUCACGAUGUUCUUGGAAGCUAGGCGAGUUCGAAAGUCUGAAGAGAAUAUAGGCCUCACAGUCCUGGUAUGA